UGUUGUGGCUACAUCCUGAUGCCAAAACUCAGCGCAGAUUGAUGACCGAACCCUUGUCGAACUGGAGGACCUCAAGUGCUUGACUCCUCUCUUCGUUAUCUGGGAGUGGAUAACUUUCGCCAUCGUCGCUCAGCUGACAAUGCAACGGACUUAAACACUCGAGGGGGUGGGGGGAAAUCUCCUCGAUGUUUAUCGCACCUGAGAGAUGGACGUUGAACUCAGCGAGCUGGAGGCCAAGAAGAUCGAGUACAGGUCAAUCUCCAAAGUGGACAACGCAGCUACAAGUGGUGUAUUCAAUCCAACCUUUCAUCAUGAAUUUCAGUCUCCUUCCCCAUCGCUAUCGAUUCACGUAGGAUUCAAGGUGCUGGCUCAGGAGCUUUCAAGUACGGAUGAGCAUCCGGAAUGUGUGUCAUCAUUAUCAUGGCCAGAGCAAAUGGAGCUUAAUGACAAGCCUCUUCUGCAUCCCAUUGAGAUAUCGUCUUCCACAACCUGGACAUCAUCCCUCUCAAGCAAUCCAAAAACACCCAACGCAGAGGAUCUGGAUACAGGAAUGAACACAAGCAUCAGUGGUAUUAUCAAGGAACAGCCGUUAACACCAUCCAGAAGAAGUUUGCCCUGUUUGGCUCAGAGCCAGACAUUACCGAUCAACCUGAACAGACAUUCUUUACAACAGCCUUCCAAUCAGAAGCAGACACUAAGCGCAGGACCAUCUUCCACAAAUGUAUCUUAUGAGAAAGAUGUUGUUCCAGAAACUGGCUCGGCCGAGAGUGUUUUGGAAUAUAAUUCCUGUCAACAGUGCCAUUCCAAACUUUCACCACAACAGCCUCUUGAUGACUGUGUUGUUUGCCUAGAUGAAGAAAAGGAAUGGAGCACCAUCGAGUCUGAGCAAAGAACAUAUGAUUCUCGGACUGAUCAUGACUUUCUCCUCCAGAAACCGUCAAAUCGUCAGUCGUCGGAGGUUCAUGAUGAAGCUCGAGUGGAUGAGGAACACUCAGAGAUGUCAUUUGGUCUUUACUUUAAAGAUGGAAAGAAACGGAUCGAUUAUAUCUUGGUCUAUAAAAUAUCCAGCAUACAGGUAGAGAAGAGAAACACCUUCGAAAAAAAUCUGCGGGCAGAAGGACUGCAACUUGAAAGAGAGCAAUCCCUCACCAAUAGCGACAUAAUGUUUGUGAAACUCCACGCACCUUGGGAAACGAUAUGUAAAUAUGCAGAAAGAAUGAACAUCCGCAUGCCUUUUAGGAAAAAAUGUUAUUACACUGAUUGGAAGAACAAAGUGAUGAGCAGUUUUCAGAGGAAUUUGCGACAGUUGAAGAGUUGGUUGCCAAGAAAUCCAAUGAAGCUCGACAAGGAGGCUCUACCGGAUCUGGAAGAGACUGAUUGCUACACUGCACCAUUCAGCAGAGCACGUAUGCACCACUUCACCAUAAACAACAAAGAUACCUUUUUCAGUAAUUCAACAAGAAGUAGGAUAGUUCAUCACAUGCUACAGAGGACAAAAUAUGAAGAUGGAAAAUCCAAAAUAGGUUUAAAUAGGUUGCUUGGCAAUGGAACAUAUGAUGCUGCCUUUCCUCCACAUGAGGGAAGCUACAAAAGUAGCCAUCCAAUUAAAACACAUGGUGCAAUUAAUCACAGGCAUUUACUAUAUGAACGUUGGGCUCGCUGGGGGAUGUGGUACAAGUACCAGCCAUUAGACCUCAUCAGGCGAUAUUUUGGCGAAAAGAUUGGGCUAUAUUUUGCAUGGCUGGGAUGGUACACUGGGAUGCUUAUUCCUGCUGCCCUGGUCGGAUUGUUUGUAUUUCUUUAUGGAUUAUUUACAACUGAGUCCAGCCAAGUCAGCCGGGAGAUAUGUGAAGCCAAUGACACCAUCAUGUGUCCAAUGUGUGAGCGCAACUGUCCUUACUGGAUGUUGAGUGAAAGCUGUGUCUAUGCCAAGCUAACACAUUUAUUUGACAAUGGAGGCACUGUCUUCUUCGCCAUUUUUAUGGCUAUUUGGGCUACAGUAUUUUUGGAAUUCUGGAAAAGGCGUCGAGCAGUUCUCACUUAUGACUGGGACCUAAUUGACUGGGAAGAAGAAGAGGAAGAGCUGCGUCCACAGUUCGAAGCAAAAUAUUCCAAAAAGGAACGUGUUAAUCCCAUCACAGGAAAGCCCGAACCUUUCCAGCCAUUCCUUGAUAAACUCAGCAGGCUCCUUGUGUCUGUCUCAGGAAUAUUCUUCAUGAUAUUGCUGGUCCUGGCUGCAGUCUUUGGUGUGGUAGUGUAUCGCCUUGUGACAAUGGAGACCUUCGCUACUUUCCAGUGGGAUUUUGUGAAGAAAAAUUGGCAAUUUGCCACGGCGGGAACUGGAGUCUGCAUCAACUUUAUCAUCAUCAUGUCUUUGAAUGUGGUUUAUGAAAAAGUUGCAUACCUACUAACAAAUUGGGAACAUCCUCGCACCGAAUCUGAAUGGGAGAAUAGCUUCGCUUUGAAAAUGUUUCUCUUCCAAUUUGUAAACCUUAACAGUUCAAUCUUCUACAUUGCUUUUUUCCUAGGCAGGUUUGCAGGUCGGCCAGGUGCCUAUGCCAAGCUGUUUCAGAGAUGGAGACUGGAGGAGUGUCAUCCCAGUGGCUGUUUGAUUGACCUGUGUAUGCAGAUGGGUAUCAUUAUGGUCCUGAAGCAAAUGUGGAAUAAUUUUAUGGAGCUUGGCUACCCACUGUUGCAGAAUUGGUGGUCACGAAGGAAGGUGAAGAAAGCUGGUCACAGUGUGGAGAAUAAAGUCUACCUACCUCAGUGGGAGAAAGAUUGGAAUCUGCAACCCAUGAAUAUCCAUGGACUGAUAGAUGAAUAUUUGGAAAUGGUUUUACAGUUUGGUUUCACAACAAUAUUUGUUGCUGCCUUCCCACUGGCUCCACUCCUUGCUCUCCUAAACAAUAUCAUUGAAAUAAGGCUGGAUGCUUACAAAUUCGUCACACAGUGGAGACGACCAUUGCCUGCAAGAGCAACAGAUAUAGGAAUCUGGUAUGGAAUUUUGGAAGGAAUCGGAGUACUUGCUGUGAUCACCAAUGCUUUUGUGAUUGCCAUCACCUCGGAUUAUAUUCCUCGCUUUGUCUACGCAUUCAAAUAUGGUCCUUGUGCAGACCAGGGAUACACGCAAGAAAAAUGCUUGAAAGGCUAUGUCAAUGGCAGCUUGUCCUUCUUCAAUAAGAGUGACUUUGGCACAAAGGAUAGAGGCUACUGCAGGUACAGAGACUACAGAGCUCCUCCGUGGGAUCGCAAUCGAUAUGAGUUCACGUUACAAUUCUGGCACGUUCUAGCUGCACGUUUGGCUUUCAUCAUCGUGUUUGAGCACUUAGUGUUCGGUAUUAAGUCUUUCAUUGCCUACCUGAUUCCGGACAUGCCCAAAGACCUGUGUGACCAGAUGCGGCGAGAGAAGUACCUGGUUCAAGAGAUGAUGUAUGAGGCGGAGCUAGAACAUCUGCAAAGGGAACGGAAGAAGAACGGGAAAAGAUAUCACCAUGAAUGGCCUUAGUGUGACCAAUGAGACCUGUUAACAGACACUCCAACUGGACUGCGCUGCUACAGAAG